AUGCAUUUUUCAAAGAAGGCUCUGGCAGCCCUUAUUGGGUCUGUGACUAGCGCGAGUGGUACGAUUUUGUGGGAUGGCCGAUUCGAUUCUUCUACCAUGGCGGAUUUGGAGGCUUGGUCCUUCAGUAAUGCUGUUGGUGAUUAUCAAAAUUAUAUUCAUGGCACAGGCAACUUCACCAAAUAUGUCGCCCUCGACAGCAGCUACAAGAACCCUGCCGAUUCUGGAUCAUCCCUCGGUGCCAAAAUCACCCUCGAUAGCACCUCAUACUGGGAAGGCCAAACCAUGCGUCGUACCGAAUUGAUUCCUCAGACUAGUGCAGCUAUCGGCAGCGGAAAAGUCUACUAUCAUUUCAGUAUGAUGCAUACUGCUACCAACGCACCAAGCAUCUACAGAGAACAUCAAAUAUGUUUCUUUGAGAGUCAUUUCACUGAGAUGAAGAGUGGUUGGAUUAGUGGGGAGUCGGGUUCAAGUGAUCCGUUGUUGAGAUGGGAUGUUAGUGCUACUAGUCAAUGGAGUACUAACUGGACUGCUGGUGUCUGGCACAACAUUGCUUACGGAAUUGAUUUCUCCGCAGGCUCUGUUGAAUUUUACCACUCCACCGGCUCCGACGCCCUCACUCUUACCGUCCCAGCAGUCUCGGUCUCCGCCUCUUCUAAUGGUGCCGACUGGCACUUGGGAGUUCUCGAACUUCCUGUUACCGGCCAAACCGACGGAACCGAAGAUUUUUAUUUCUCGGGUGUAUAUAUCGAGAGUGGAUCACUUACUACUAAUGUUGCCGGACCUGGAGGAGUUGUUUCAUCAAGCUCUAGUACUUCUGCAACAACGUCAGUAGAAUCUUCCUAUAUUGCUUCUUCUAGCUCGGUUAUUUCUGUCCCUAGCUCGACCGAUGUUGUGGAGGUUUCCAGUUUGGAACCCUCUAGUGCGACAUCGGUUCAAGCUGUUUCAACUCAGGCUGCUGUAUCUGUCUCUUCUUCAUGUGCAUCUACUAUUAUUUCGUCUGUCCUUUCAAUCGCCUCACCAUCCACCAAAAAGUCCUGCACUAAGAAAGUAUCCUCGGCAACCUCAAUCGCUAGCGUUUCAGCCCAAGCCUCAAGCCCAGCAACCAACAGUAUCGUCGAAUUCACCUCAAUAGCUACUUUAACCUCUGUGAACGUCAUUCCCACCACCAUCUAUGUCAUAGCCGGAGGCUCCACAUUCACAAGCACCUCCUCAAUAUCAACAACCUACACCAGCAAAUCCGCCAUCCUCACCCAAUCAUCCAUAGCCGCGCCCUCCACAUUCCUUACUAGCAAAAAGUCCUGCUCCAAGAAAUCUUCUACAUCCAUUUCCGCCAUCUUUUCUGUAACAGGAAAUGCCAACGUGCUCUCAUCCACAGCCCUAACAUCUGCAUCUAGUACACCUCACACAAGCGUUACUAUGACGAUUACCCAAACUACUUCAACUACCAUUAGUUCUAGUGCAGCGGCGACUUCGACAGGCGGAACGGGCGCGGGUUCCAUUGCAAAGUAUAUGCAGUGUGGAGGGACGGGGUGGACAGGAAGUGGCGCUUGUGUUAGUGGAUCUACUUGUACGGUGCAGAAUCCUUAUUAUUCGCAGUGUAUUUGA